ACCUGGACUGUUUGUAAUUUGAAACCAAUGGCAAUUCCUGUUUUCACCUUGUACAUGUUUAAAAUCUACAAUGAGUGGACUCAUUUCAGCAGGUGAAACACUCACAUUCUCUGGAUAGUUUAUAUGGUUUUUAUUUAAGCAACCUGUUCAUUCUGUCUGUGUUAAGAAAUGCCUCAUCUUACUUCUGAGAACUUUGAGAGUUCUUUAGCCUCUGAUAAUGUUUUGGCUCACUACUUCAAUGAUUUCCUAAGCCUGCCGUCUUUCUCAGUGAAUCUGCUGUACAACCAGGAGACUGGGMUGUUUGAGGUGGUGAAUGGAGCAGCUCAUGUUCUCUCCAGUAAAUCCCAAAUCYUCAGUGACCUGCCGGUGCUGAUGAAGACUCCCCCAGCACAUCACMGCUACACUGUGCUUGGCUUAGAUCGAGAGCAGGGAAUUCAGUGGCUCAAACAAAGACUGGCUUUUUUCCUCCAGAGUGAUUUCUGUCAUCAGUUCAGACUAGCCAAGCUCUUGUUACAGUGGGUCCCAAACUUUUGUAGCCAGAGAAGAAGAAGCAGCUUGAGUCAAAUCACCUUUCCAGCCUCGAAAUUCAAUAAUUGCCCCCAUUUCUUCAAAGAYGACAUCAAUGCCCUGACUCAGCCACAUUCUCAAGAGAGCAUUUCUGCAAAACAAGGUGUUCUCUCUCUUGGUCAAAACAAGAAAACUCAGAAAMGCCACAACUCCCAAAGACAGCUGACUGUGUCAGUGGACAUGAGAGCAAACAACCAUCUCAGAGAGAGAGUUUGUGAAACACCUGAUUCUCAUGAAAACCACCUUGAGCUCCUGGCUUUUAAMGUGGUUAAUGAAGUGAUUGGAGAGGCACUGAAUGUGGUGAAGCGGGCUGACACGUCACACUGUGUCACAGAGUUUCAACACCAAACAAACUGCAGCAGCAGAACGUAUCAGGMUGACCUGAGGGACACUGAACAAACAGAAAACAUGAAACUGGAUGAGAAGACUCGGACGAUGGGGAGUAAAAUCACAAACCAGAAACAUGGACUGGGUGUGGGUUGGCAUGGCUCCUGUUCCAGRGUUUGCAAUAAGCCAGGCUUGGAUGAGUUCAAGCAGUUUCUGCGAGGAACAGCAGGAGAGAAUCUGCUCAAUCUGUGGAUGGAUAUAAAGAGACUACAAGCUGCUCAGCACAGUGAAAGAACAAACAGGUAUUUGGACCUGAUGAUGAACAGGUACCUGGUGAGCAGCAGCCCCAGCAGGMUGAAUGAAGUGCUGCUCUCCACUCUGGGACUGAACACCCCCCUCUGCUGGACGCAAGAGAAACUGCUCUCAGUUCUGCCCUCCAUCACAGAGCGUCUGCUCUGCUACUGGGCUCCUCGGUUCUGGUCAUCUCAGUAUGUCCAGGAUGUCUCCCCCUGUGAGGAACUGUGGGCGGGAGGGUCUUACUGCAGGCCCAGGUCAGGUGUACAGGGCUGCCAUGGCUCCUUACCUCAAGACCACCCUUACUCCUGUGUGUCCCAGCCCCCCAGUGCCACUCAUACACAGUUGCUGUACAGCAGACCUCAGUUGUUCUGUGGAGGAGCUGAAACCCUGCUGCAGGCUCUCAGUGCUGAAUCCCAGUCUGGGUGGUACUUCACUCACUUCUGUGAACAAUCUGGAAACCAGCUGUGGGUGAAUGCAGUUUACUUUUGGACAGACUUGCUGCAGUACCACGAGCUGUUCUGUCAGGAYGGACUGGACUCUUACAGAGUUCAGAGAGAAGCACAGCUCCUUUACUCCACGUAUGUUUGCAGCUCUGCCAGGAGGAGCAUUAAUGUUGCUGCAGGAGUCCAGAGGGAGGUGUACGACACCCUGUACAACCRACUGAGGCCUGCUUUUAAGAAACUGUUUGAUGAUGUUGAGGAUCAUGCACUCAGUAUCCUGCUGGAGCCGUGGACUCUGCUGCUCCACAGGGACAGAGAGUCACUCCAGCAGGUGAGUCURCAGGAUGAGGUGCAGUGCGUUGAUUACAGGGAACUCCAAAACCUCAAAGAAUCAGAGCGACGGCCGGGACAGCUUUUAUCUUCAGCUCUUCAUCCAUCCACUGACUCCUCUGAGSGUUCGCAGCUGCAUGAGUCCUGGUCUAGCGUGUCUCCAGGUUACCACGGACGUCGUUUAAGUUCCUUACUUCAGCAGCCUCGUGAGAUGGAGCACUUUAUGUCUUUCUUACAGAAACAAGAUGCCAGCAUCCACUUGAUGUGCUGGUUGGAGCUGGAGCAGUACAAGAAGACUCCUCAGGAGGACGAGGACAUCAGAGASGAGCGGUCGUCUCAGAUUGUAGCCAAAUACCUGAAUGAGAAGUACUACUUUGGCUCMGACAGCCCUGCCACAACAGAACAACAAAACUAUCUUGUGCGUCGGGCAGGUGGACUGGAGYGUCUGACGUCAGCGAGUCUCUCAGACCCAGUGGUCCUGGAGGUCCAGGAMAUCAUCAGGAAACACAUGGAGGAAACAUGGCUGCCUCUGUUUCUGUCUGCAGAGGAGUUCACUGAGCGACAGAAACGCGAACAGAAGCUGCGAACAGCAGGCCGGCUCUCACACAACAUCUACAGCCGACGCAGAGCCAGAAGAGAAGCCUGGAAGGUUCAGGGGCGGUGGAUGAAUUCCUCCACAGAGCUCAUGUUGUUUCGACGGGUUCUGUUGGACCCAACCACCUGYGAGCAGUUCCAGCUCUUUGUCUCUCUGAAGGGAGACCUCCUGCAGAAUGAUGUGCGUUUCUGGGUGGAGGUGCAGAAGUACAAGGACCUCUGUCACUCCCACAGUGAUGAAGCCACCAUCCAGCAGAAAAUCUCCAUCAUCAUCAGCUGCUUCAUCAGCUCCUCCGUGCCCCCCACCCUGCAGAUAGACAUCCCCCCGGAUCAGGCGCAGCUUAUUCUGGAGAAACGUCACGAGCUCGGCCCGUACAUCUUUAGAGAAGCGCAGGCGUCGGUGUUCAACGAGCUGCUGAGGUUCUGGCCCGAGUUUAACGAGCUCAGAAGCAUGGUCCCRGAGGAGCAGCUACUUCCUCUGCUGCAGAAGAAGAGAGCCAAACACAUAACCAGAGCAUGGAAGCAGAGGAGGGGAGAAGAAGAAGAAGAGGAGGAAAAUAAGAGAAGAGCACAGGAAGAGCUGGAGAGAGAGUCGAGUUGUCGACAAGAGGAGGCAGAUGAAGAGCAGGAGGAAAUGAGAGAGAAUCAGUCGAGGACACACAGCACAAAAGCCCAGACUCCCUCACAGCCUCUGAUGCGGUCGUACCCAAGGUACAUGGCCGGACUGAGGAGGGAGGAGAUGCUGCUGAGGAGAGAAAGUCAGCUCAGUUCCUCAGAGUCAGACCUCUCCAGGUCAGUGAGCAGUAAACACGGUCCGUCCAGGACUGACCACACAAAGAACACAUCAGACAGCAGUAAGAAUCGACGUCUGCAGAAUAAAAUGCAACUAAAAUGGAAGAACUGACCUGCAGGAGAAACCGAUGAAGUUGAAACACACAGAACAUGUUGGUUUCCUUACAGCUCAUUGAAACAAAACUUCAGUAGGCGAUUCAGUUAAAUGCCUUCAGUUUCACRCCAAGUUUGGGUUUUAUAAAUCAGAACGUGUGAAAUGUGCAAGUUUCUGGCCCAGUUUUGCACACAAGACAGAUCAGACCUGUUACCUGUUCUUAAAAAAGACCCAAACACUUCAGCUAAAUUUCAUGUAGUUUUAAUAGGAAGUUUCUAUACAACACAUUAAAGUUUUCAGUAGUACAACAAUAAAAAGGCAACAAAGUUUGCAUCAUUUAGGUUUGGCAUCAAACAGAGUCAUGUCUUCAGAUAUUUURGCUGACAGCUGGUUUAUCAGCAUGAAUAUAAUAUUGCACUUUGAAAAUGACACGAUUUACAGACUGUAAACACAAUGAUGGAGUCCAGAGUGUUUCUCUUGUAUGCUUUAACCUCUUUUUAGUGUUCACACGCUGACUGUGUGAUAAAUUUAUC